UUGAGAUACAUAAAAACUGUAUGAACAGAGGAGAAAAUCCGACAGGCCUACUACAGGCAAUGAAUUAUUAAUGGGUAAUUUAGCCAUACACGCGUGCUUAAAUAUACCAUAUUCAUAUGCCUUUUAUAUUAUAAUGAGUUUAUUAUUUCGGGCUAUGUGUGCCACAUUUUGUCAAUGUGAAUGAAUGAAAUCGAAAUAUUUGAGUGGCUGUGGUCGUUUUUCUAUCGUUGGGAAUCUCUGAGCUGUCGGGCACCGUGGGGACAGGCUGCUGCCGACAUUCUCUGCCAGUUGGCUGCAUCGUCGGUUCUGUAGCCUAGACCAACCUUUCGGGAAAAAACGGGCAAGGACAGACGUUCCUCUCCUCCCAAUGAUGCGAUGAUAGGCCACCUGAUACUACGCCAGACUAUUAUCCUCACGACGUCCUACUCAUCUUUAAAUACUAACAGACACAGAUGCCCAAUUUACUAUAAGAAAGAGAAGGGAGCCCUGUAUGAGGAUGGUGUGACAGACGGAUGGAAAGACAAAUAGAGGGACUGUAGAAAUCAUUACCCUCAACAGCCAGACCAUGGCCACUGCAUCCAUCCUCACCCUCCUCCUCCUCUCCUCUCUCCAUCCCUCUUCUGGCCAGGUGAUCGUCAGCUCCUCCUCCUCAUCCUCGUCUCUUCCAGACCCUGUCAUCACUCCAUCCCUCAAACCCAGUCUGCCCUCCUCUCGUCCCAGAGGUCGGAGCGACGGGUCUGUCAGAGUGAUCAACAUGGAUUGGCCCACAGAGGGAGGCGGUAGGGGGGAAGGGGGCUCUGACCUGGGACAGGGUGGGGAGGAAAUGGGCACUCCCACAACACAGACUAGAACUAUAGACCUCAGUCAAUCCCAUUCCCCCUCUCAGAAACUCAACAUUGGGUCUGCCCAAAGCCAGUCCACUUCUGUUGAGGCUAGGACAGGUACUAUGGUAAUCCCAGAACCAAGUGGGGUUGCAUCUGCAAAGGGACCAACCGCGCUCCCACCCACCAAAUCCUCAGGUGCUGAGCCAGUGACAUCAGGGGGCAGGGAAUAUGAUGGACCAAUCGUACCAAAGGAUGUAGAUGAUUGGCAGAUGACUGGAUCAGGAAGUGAAUUUGUCCCUACAGUGAUGGCUGUUGUGAAGAAAGAGUCACCGGUUGCCUUGACAACAUCAGAUGGAAUGGCACAGUUCCGGCCACAGGCUCAGACGGCUUUCAGCGGAGGGCCAUCAUCCAAGAUGGCCAAAGCACAGAUGACCCCGACGGUCAGCCUCACUGUCCAGCCCCGCCUAUCUGCCCUGACAACAGCCAAAACAAUCCUUUCCACACAGUCACCUGACAUUAGAUUGACAGUCGUCACUGUGGUGUCAACAGUCCGUGGAGGAGUAGUGACAGGUAAUAUGACAGCUAACACUACUACAGCCACAGACGGACCAAUAGUAGGACAGACCUCCACUGUGACAUCACCAUCUCCCAUAGCAACCACUCCUGGCUCAAUCAAUCAUCAGCCACCUCAGGGAACCACUCCCAGCUCAACCAAUCAACAGCCAAGUACCACAGCACAAGGAGCAACCACCACAACUAAAACCAAUACGACAACAACAAAAGAAGAACCCAGAAAUACUUCAAUAAGCACAACCAAUCAACCGACAAAGGCUACUGAACCAGGAAGAACUACCAGUACCACCAAACAGUCGGCCAAGACAGGGAUGACCCCUCUCCACAUCACCCCUACUCUACAUAUAGUCAGAGGGCGGUACAUCCCCAAAAAUGACACCCGCCCAGUUCAGAGGAACCACUCUAUCCCUGUGGGCCGCCCUCACCUCCACCCAUUCUCCUCUCCCUCCUCCACUCUCAGCUCCUUAACUUCCCCCAACGGCACCUCUCUCCUGUGGGAUGACCUGAGACGGACGCUGGGCUUCGCCUGGGGGCUCCACGUCUACGGCUCGGCUGUCCUCUUCCUGCUCUUCCUGGCUGGAGCGACCCUGGCUCUGGUCCUAUCCCCUAGCAUGCAUUGCCCUCACCGUGGUGCGCUGGUCCUGGCCAACACCCUCCUCCUCCUGGCGGGCGCAGCCAGGGCAGCUAUGUGCCUGAUUGACCCAUACGGAACAAGGAAGAUUCUUCCACGGUCUACAUUGACUGCUCUUUAUAACCUCCCUCUGCCGUUACUGGUGUGGGCUCAGGCUGCACUGGUGCUGCUCGCCAUGAAGGGGGCAGGUGUGAGUCUGCUGCCAUCUGCUCUGGAGCGCCCUCCUCUGGUGGCUGUGUUGGCUGUAUUACAGUGCACCCUGCUGCUGGCUACUGACCUGCUCUCCCCAGCCCUGUCCCCAGCCGUGCCUGUCACCCUGCAAUCUCUAUCUCUCUGCUGGGGCCUGGCACUCUGUCUGGGAUUCCUGUGCUACGUCUUCCCCAGCCUCCGCCACCCGCCCACCCAGCCACCUGUCCCGGAGGAGGGGAGGGCAGUUGAAGCUUGGCCGGGGGGUAGGAGGGCAGGGUCGGUGGUGGGUCGUGUGCUGGUGUUGUCUGCCCUCCUAGGGGCAUUGUGCUGUGGGCUCCAUGUCCACGCCACCAUGUGGCUCUACGGGAUGUUGGGGGACUGGAGGCGCUUCUGCUGGGACUGGUGGCUGGUGCACUUCUGGGCCCGGCUUUUGGAGCUGGCCUGGGCCUUUUCUCUCAUUCUCUUGGGCUCCUGGGUGUUCUGGAGACCCCAGAGGGCCCAAGGGAGAGGAGAGGAGGGAGCAGUGGAGAGCAGGGGGGGAGGAGAUCUCCCCUCACCUGGACAGUCAUCUGGGUCGACUCAUAAACACACCUGCUGGGCCAAGAUAGUCAAGAGCCUGACGGGGAAGCCCUGUAGGAAGUCAGAGAGUAACGGAGUGGGAGGGAUAGGAGUAAGAGGGGGCGGGGCAGGGGAGCUGCCUAAUAACUGGGCAGGGCAGGAGCGCUCAGGGGCUGACAUCAGCAAGAGUCUGAUCAGAAACCAGAACCGUGAGGCUCCACCAUCACUCCCCCGUGGCGUCAAGGACAGCAACCGUGGACGUAACCAGAGGGGUAGGUCUGCAGAAAAUGGGGUGUCGGACAGGUCCACAGGACUUCUGUUGCAGGCGUUAGGCCACCCCCCACUGCACUUGCUUAGCGGCAGCCUGGAGCAGGAGAAGGAGUCAGGGGUGUCUCUGUAUGAGUUUGACCUGCGACCCCCCUCCCCCAUCGACCUGAGCCGCAGCAUCGAUGAGGCCCUGCACCAAAAGCACCUCCUCCAUGGGGGCAGCCUGUUUCAGCCCCUGUGCGCCCCCUCACCCACUCCCUUCCCGGGCUCAGCUGUCAGUCAGGGGGGCCCCUGGCUCCGCAGGAACACCGACCCACAGAUCUCUGACAGCAGUGAAGAUCGCUUAGCCUGUACAGAUUCCUCCGAGCCUCUUGGGGGCAGUGUGCUCAGCAGUGUUCCAAACAGGCAGGUCACUGCUCCCCCCACGCCCUCUCACCAGGGGCACUGGUGGGCCGGGGACGGGGGAGCCAGUGUCCCCUCCUCAGUUUCCUGUUCCAUCUCCCUGCACCCCUCCAGAACCUCCAAGGGGUAUCUUGGGGAUGAGGGGGAAGUCGACACAAGGCUGUUCCUCACCCCAGACACUAAGACCCAGAGGAGGAGGGUGAAGAGGGAGGGAGCGGGAGGGAAGAGUUACCUUGUGGUCAGCAGGCAGGAUGACUUAGCCAGCAUCAGCAGUGAGAUUAUUGACCUCUGAACCCAUAACUCUAACCCAGGACAUCAGGACCAGUGACCAAGCCCCAAACAAAACCAUCAAAAAACAAACUUACAUAAGACCUUAGACUUAGGUAAUAACUUUAAGUGUUAUCUAGUCAACUAGACUUUAUCAUAAACAUUGACUCAACUACAUGAGGAAUGUUACGUGAAUCAUGGACAGAGGACCUAUUUUGAGAAGAUGAGGGAAAAUACAUAAAAGCUUUCAUAUCCCCUGAGUAAAAACAGAUGUCCUAUAUGGGACAUUAUCCAGUGUUUGCUCUAAAUGUGAGUGGUUCAAAUGUAUUUAUGGCACAGGUGUGGCUAACCUGACUCAGAUUCUUGUGUGAACAACAGAACACACACACAAACACACGCCUACAGAUACCCACCUGUGUAAAUUUGAUUAACUCGCUGCAUUUCAAGCAUCACAUACAUCAGCACAUACUGUACAUUCACUCCUUGUAGCACUAUUAUUUAAGGUGGUACUGAUCGAACAGAGGAAUGGAUUGAUACAGGAUUCAUAUUGGUGACUACCCAGGGAUUCCUUAAAAUAUUUAUUGGUCAUCUCUCUACCAUUCCCUCUGUGAAUCUGUUGCCAGCCAUGUAUGUUAAAUAUGAAUGUCGUGGCUCCUUCCUUUCUGAAAGCCCCUGUUAAAAAUGCCUUUAUAUGAAUUUAUUCACUUUGUUCGCUUUGAUAGUAUUAAUUUGCUGUCCUUGAUAUUUGAACUUGAUGCAUACGUUCAUGUGUUUUUAAGAGUUGUGCCAUACACAUUGAUCACAUUGGUGGUUGAUUUCAAGUUAUGCUUAAAAAUACAUUAAUAACACAUUACCUGACUGACAAAAGUGGUCUUUUUCCAUAUUUCCUCUCGCAGGAAGUUCGUGUAGCAGUCCACAUGCAUAGGAUUGCUGGUAAUCGGCUCAUAAUUGAGUUGCUGUUUCAGUAGUUUGCCUUGUAUGUAAAUGUGAUGUUUAUUAGGAAAAACAACUGAAAUGACACGCAGAAAGAAAGUGCAUUAUCCUGUGAAAAUAGUUCCUGCUAAAACCAGACAUUUUAGUUUGAAAAUGAUGCUGAUACAUUUCACCUGCUGAUUGUGUGUGGUACAUUCUAUCAUCACGGACUGUCAAAGCCUAUGACUGCAUUUUGUAACACUCAAUAUAACUGACAUCAGUAUAAACAUACCCACAAUAUUUUAUCAGUUGCAGCAUAUCAGUGCACACCGUGAACUUUUUGUAUUUUUUAGCUAUGCUCCUUGCUCCAUACAGCUAAGCAGCUAUAUUUAAUUAUAUUUGCCUACUGUACUAUGAACUACAACACUUCUGUACUGUAGUAUGCUACAGCCUAGACAUGAGCACUCUAGGCAGAAGUAUUUUUACUACUCAAGAAGAAAAUAUCAUACAAGUAUAUUAUGUAACGUAAGAAAGUAUGUAUGUUAUUUUUGGAUCUUUGUAAAUAAAGGUGCACUUCAAAAAUUAUCAAAAGGUAUUUACUGUGAAGACAAUCUGAAGUGGUCUUACUGCAGUCUUUGAAGCGUUGAACAGAGUUAUCUGCCAAGAGAGUGAUGACUGGUCAUGGCUUAUGGGGGAAUAUUGGGAACAGUGACUGUCCAGCCCUAAUUUCUUAUAUGCAGGGCUCCGUUCAGGAUAGAAGUGUUGAAAUAAGUUUCACAACAAACAAUACCAGGGAUUGCAGUAGACAUUAGCAUUUCAUUUUUAGGGGUUAAAUGGCAGUGGCACUCUCUAAUUUGGAGCUGUGUCCAUUUUAAAAUGAUACUGAACAAAGCCCAGGAGUCGACCCUCAGUCCCAUAUCUCCUUUUGAGACCUGGGUUAAUAAGCAAAAUAGGCACAAAAUGGGAGAAGAUAUUUUGAAACGGAGUAAAAUGGGGAGGUACUAGAUCACCUCCAAUAAGAAACUCUUUUUUUCUUUUUUUUAGAUUUAAAAUCCUUCCAAAUGUGUCAUACCGAACACGGCCUGGGUCCCUGUGCGACAGGAUCAGCUGUUUUCUGCCUCUUUCAGGGUCAUUGCAGUCUCUCCCUGUGAUGUGAAAUGAUUGACUUGUUUAAUAUUUACAGUACAGUACAAUGGGGUGGUGCUGUUGUCCACAUUCCAAUGACCUCAUCUGAUUUCAGUAUACUUUGCUGUUUCUCCAUUCACUUUCAGCUUGAGAUACUGUAGAAAUCAUCCUUAUAACUACACGUUUAGGAUCAGAUCACCCUACCUCCAAUUCUAACCUUAACCAUUUGGAUGGAUGACGAAUAUCUGACCCUCUAUCCGUGAUCUGGGACAACUUCAGCCUUUUCCUUUAUUGCAUUAUGGGGUUGGGUUAGAAGGACCUUCAGCAGUGAAUUGCAGUUGUGGGGAUGUUUGUGGUGUUUGUGCCAUAGUACAAGCAAACCAAUCAGUCCUCCUCUGUGAACAGUCAUCACAGUGCAGAAGUAGAGAUUUUCCAACAUACUCAUUUGCUAAUUGACUGUUUCUAUAUAAAGUUGUAUUAUAUUGUGUUGCGGCAUCUUAUCUGGUUUCAAAUAAAUAUGAGAAAUAUUUUAAAA